UCUGAAAAAAUUGAACUCCGACAAUUGCUUUUCUCAGCAACUCUUACUUCAUAGAAAAUAUAGCUAUAGAGGAAGUUGGCCAACGGUUAACUUCCCUCCGAACCUAGAGAGAGUAGUAGUCUCUUGUAAUCAAAGCAAAGUUCAGUAGUCGAUUCUUGGUCACCUUCUGAGACUCUAACUUCACCUUCCUGACAUACCCUUCAUACCAAUCUUCCCUUUCUGUUUCCUUUUCCUACCUUCCUUCUAUAUACACUUCAUCUCCACCUCUUCUUCACACUCACUAGAUUUUUUCACCUCCAAGUCUUUCUGUUCACUAUGUUAUUACUAAAGGGUUCAUGACAUUCGCUUGAAACCUUGGUUUGUAUCAAUUGUAGCACUAGUUUGAUUUUGGUGCCAAGUUCUUGAGCUGCGGUGGUGCUGACCCUGAAAAGUUCUCCAAGUCCGACAUGAGAUAAGGCUGCUGCUGCUGCUGCUUUUCAAAGAUGUUGGAGCUGGUUUCAAUUAGUAGACAAAUUUGGUUGCUGAAUUUCGUGUUCAUGUGUCUUCAAUAGAUGGUAUUUUUAAAUUGAAAGCAUAGUGACAAUUUCUUGAAUGUUGUUUCUUGACUUUUGAAUUUAUCUCCAAGACUUCAAAUAAGUUGGCUCUCUCCUACAAUUUCUUAAAUGCUUAUGUUCAAUAUUGAGAAUCAAACAAGACUUGGUCUCAGGCACAACACGUUUUUCAAUUUUGGACUUGUUCUGAUCUGAAUACUUAUAUAGAGGCAAAAGGGGUAUCCUCUUUUCAUUAUCCUCUAUUCAUACAUAUCCAAAAGACAACAACAUUUCCUUUCAAUAACCCAAUUAGUUGAAGCAGCAUGGCUUCAUUUCCUUCAAAUUUUGCAUUGGAACAUAGCAUGGCUAGUGUACAAAAUAGUCACUCUCCUGCUUCCUCCCCUUCUUUCAUGACUAGAGUGGCCAUGAGAAUAUCUAGAUCAAGAUGGUUCACCUUCUUGAGAAGAGUAUUCCAUUACCAAAAUGGACCGAGAUCCGAUCUCGGCUCCAACCCUUUCAAUUCCAGCACUUGGAUGAUGCUGGAGUUGAUUGCUUUGUUGGUCCAGAUAACAAGCACAACAUUCACUUUGGCCAUUUCAAAGAGUGAGAAGCCAAUUUGGCCUAUGAGGGUGUGGAUAGCAGGUUAUGAUAUUGGUUGUGUCCUUAAUCUUCUUCUACUUUGUGGCCGCUACCAUCAACUUCAUGUCACUCAAGGGAAUAACGCUCUUACCCUCUCUGAAUUGGAGCAGCAGAGAAACAAUGAAGAAUCAAGUGUGUACAGGAGCUCACAUUUGAUAGACAAAUGCCGUAGUUCACUAGAGCUUUUCUUUGCCAUAUGGUUCGUGAUGGGCAAUGUAUGGGCCUUUGACUCACGUUUUGGGUCCUUCCCACAAGCUCCAAAACUCCAAGUGCUCUGCAUCAUCUUGCUUUCUUGGAAUGCAAUAUGCUACUCUUUCCCUUUCCUACUGUUUUUGCUUUUGUGUUGUUGUGUGCCACUAAUGAGCACCCUCCUUGGAUACAACAUGAGCAUGGGGUCCUCUGCUAGAGGGGCAUCUGAAGAUCAAAUCUCACAACUCCCAAGUUGGAGAUAUAAAGGGGUUCACACCAACUUGGACCUUGGCAAUGACUCUCAAAGCAGUGAAAGAUUGAUCAAUGAAGAUCCAGAAUGUUGCAUUUGCUUGGCCAAAUACAAAGACAAAGAAGAAGUUAGGCAAUUACCCUGUUCCCAUUUGUUCCACCUAAAAUGUGUGGAUCAAUGGUUAAGAAUUAUAUCAUGCUGCCCUCUUUGCAAACAAGGAUUACAAAGGUAGCAAUAGGACGAGGCAGAAAAUACACAAGAACAUUCACAAUCUUAUAUAUAUUCCCAAUUAUUUUGUUUUUUCCCCUUUUGGUUACACGAGUGAGUUUGUACAUGUACAGAAGAGGUCACCAGUAACCAAAACUACAUUGAAUACUUGUUCUUAGGAGUGAACCAAUCCCCUUACUUUUCAAAUUAGUCCACUGUUUUUACAAGUUUUUCCUCCCCUAUCCUGUCAUCUAAAUAUUGCAAGGUGAGCAUAUAGUUGUACUGAAUAAUGAAGUAAAUAUUUAUAUUUGCUCCUUAAUUUUUAUACAAUAAAAUUAUUUGGACUGCGUUUCCUGUUUAA